CGUUUGGUCCCCUGUGUGUAGAUGAGAUAAAACUGGCUGCUCCCGCUCCGGAACCCGAGGGCCGCCCGGUCCUAGUGCCCGCUGGAUACCCGGGGCCCAGGGUUGUGGGGAGGCCGGAGGCUGCGGCCCAAGCUAACAGCGACCCCGCUCCGCACAUCUCCCCGCGGGCCGCAGAUGGCCGGACGCUUCGUGGGGAAGACUUUAGCCACCGUGUCUCUCUCUGUGGCCUUGGCCUCUGUGACUCUCAAGUCCUUGGGCCGUUGCAGCAUCGCGGCGUGCAGUAACUCAUUUUCAUCCUGUGGAUUUCAUCUUAACUCCAACACGAUGUCUGGUUCUAAUGGUACCAAAGAGAAUUCCCACAACAAGGCUCGGACAUCUCCUUACCCAGGUUCAAAAGUUCAACGCAGCCAGGUUCCUAAUGAAAAGGUAGGCUGGCUUGUUGAGUGGCAAGACUAUAAUCCUGUGGAAUACACUGCAGUCUCUGUCUUGGCUGGACCUCGGUGGGCAGAUCCUCAGAUCAGUGAAAGCAACUUUUCACCCAAGUUUAAUGAAAAGGAUGGGCAUGUUGAGAGAAAGAGCCAGAAUGGCCUGUAUGAGAUUGAAAAUGGAAGACCUAGAAAUCCUGCAGGACGGACAGGACUGGUUGGCCGGGGGCUUUUGGGGCGAUGGGGCCCCAAUCAUGCUGCAGAUCCCAUCAUAACCAGGUGGAAAAGGGACAGAAGUGGAAAUAGAAUUACCCAUCCCAUUUCUGGGAAAAACAUCUUACAGUUUGUUGCAAUAAAAAGGAAAGACUGUGGAGAAUGGGCAAUCCCAGGGGUAAGCAUUAAAAUUAAGUCAAAUCAGUGUUGUAAGUUCUUUUUAGUUGCUUUAUUUACUACAAGGUUAUUGUGUAUGGAUCUUUUCUACCUCAUUUAUUCUCCAUUCCUCCCCAGUAAUUCUUUUGCAAUGACGUAUCACUGUCAAUGACAAAUGUAGGAUAAUACAACAAAGCUUUUAGAAUCUGAGUCUAAUUCUAAAACCCUUGGGAAAGAACAUGGACUUUGGAGUUAGACCUGGGCUUGUGUUUUGACCUUUCCACUUUGAGCUGAGUGAUAUGGAGUUCAGACCUUUGUUUUAAAAAUAAUCAUAUAUAUUUCACAGGAUUAUUAGAGAUAGCAUGUAAAGCACCUGGUAUUGUAGAUACUCACUAAUGUUGGGUUUCAUCUCAGAACUCAACACCUACUCCAAGCCCAAGGUAAGAUUUUUAGUAUUUUUAAAAAGAUAACACUAUUACUGUUCCUUGUAGUUUUUUGAGUUUUCAUAAUAUCAUCAGGAAGGGUAUACUUCUAUUGGGUUCAUGUCAGUAGUAUAUUGCAAGGGGCUUUUAAGAAUGUGUAUGUGUUCAGUAGUGGGUUUUAUAUUUUAUGCCAUAUUGUGAAAUGGAGAUAGUUUGAUGAGAGGAUGGCUCUUUAUAUACACAUUCUCCUAUCUGCAGGAAUGGCUUUUUUUCUUUGUAGGGUAAAAUGGAAUGAAAAUGAAGGUUGUAGCUGACUGUGACAAAAGCUUAGGCUAAUCAUAAGAGCCAAGUAGUCAAACUUCACUCAGUGCCGCAUGCAGAAUACAAUGAUAUCAUCACAGAAUCUUAUAUUUUUAUUGUCAUUUGAAAUUCUGAUCAGUCAGGGAACUGUUGUCGUUAAUAUAACUUUGAGAGUCAUUGAUCUACUCAGUAUAUUUUGAGCAUCUGCCUUUUGUCAGCUAAUAUUUUAGCCAUUGAGGAUACAGCAGAGCAACAUAAACAAACAUCCUCGUCUUCUUGGUGCUCACGCUCCAGUGAGGGAGACAGAUAAUAUAACAUCAGCAAGUUACUGUCAUGUUAGAAGGUGAUAAAUAUCAAUAUUAAGAAAAAAACUAAAGCAAGGAAGGGGAUUAGGAAGUGUUCGAGAGUUUGCAAUUUUC